AUGGCUGAGCCAAAAGCAAUCUCGAUCGCGGUCAGCGGCCCCCACAACGAGAUCGUCACCUGGAACAACAUCCCUUUCCAGAAGAUCCUCCAGAGAUUCUGCGCCGAGCAAAACAAGACCUUCUCCGAACUGAGCUUCGAACUCGACGGCAAAACAAUCCAUGGCCACGAGACACCUGCAGACUUCGGCAUGGAAGACUAUGACACCAUAAAAGUGCUUCCACACCUCGACAUGGAAAUCGAAACGUGCGAACAAGCCAAGCCCGAACCACUCGAUGGUAUCGCAGACGACGCCCAGCCCGAACCGGUCAAGAAACCAUCUCCGUAUGCAAAGCUAUAUGUUGUAACCGACACGCUUGAGGCCCAGGAGACUGUACUUGAGAUGCGUCUUACAGACAGUGCGAGACUGCUUUACGACGAGAUGUAUGCUGCCGAAGGGUAUGAACCUACGCAAUGGAUCUAUUACCUGGGAAAUCAAAUGCUGGAUGGGAGCCGCACGCUGGCCAGCUAUGGAGUUACCAAUGGCUCUACUAUUAUGGCUGAGCCCCAAUAG